AUGGAAACCAAGUUGUCUCAAGCUAGAGCCACUAAGGUGGCUAGGAAGGCUCGGUAUGAUUGUUGUAUAGCAGUAGGUGCAGUGGGAAGGAGUGGUGGGCUGACGCUUAUGUGGAAGCAAGAAGUGCAGGUGGAGUUAGUUAAUUAUUCCCAAAGACACAUUAAUGUGUUUAUGAAGAGUGAAGAGGAUAACUUAAGCUGGCUAUUGACAUGCUUUUAUGGGCACCCCGAAACAAAUAGAAGGAAGGAAGCAUGGCAAUUGUUGCAGUCCUUUAAUCCUAGGAAUAUGGGGUGGGGAUUAAUAGGUGACUUUAAUGAAAUUUUGUCCCAUGAUGAAAAAGUAGGAGGAAGGGUUAGAGCAGAAAAUCAUAUGAGAUCAUUCAAAGAGGUGGUUGAGAAUUGUAGUUUGUUUGAUCUAGGGUGGAGGGGGGCCAAGUAUACAUGGUGUAACAGACAUGAGAGUGAAACUUUCACUAAGGAGAGACUAGAUCGAGGUAUGGCAAACAAAAGAUGGAUGGAGAUGUUUCCAGAUGCUAGAGUCAGUACAAUGGUGGCAUUAUGUUCAGAUCAUAGACCAAUUCUUCUUGAGGGUACUAAUGGUAGGGGGCAGGGGACCCAUUUUCAUUAUCAUUUUAAAUAUGAGAUGAAUUGGACGAAAGAGGAUGGCUGCAAAGACACAGUAGCUGAGGUUUGGCAAAGAGAAGUUCAUCAUCUAAGGCAAACCAGCAGGCUGCAAAAAAAAUUAGAGAUAUGCAGCAGGAAGCUUCAGAAGUGGAGCAGGGACCUGAGAAGGAACAGACUAGCAGCUAUAAAACAGAAAACAGCUGAAAUCAAACAGUUGCAAGAGGAAGAAAGAGCGGAUAAUAUGAAUGACCUCAAGAGACUACAAUCUGAGGUGUACCAAUCUGCUAACCCAUCUGAAAGAGCCAUACAGCAGUGCCUAAAUGGUGUAAGACACAGAAUCUCUUGGCACAAGAGGGAGCAAAUGGAUAGAGAGUUUACAUCAGAAGAGGUUGUGGCUGCACUUAAACAAAUGUCUCCAUUCAAAUCACCAGGGCUAGACGGGUUCAGUGCAGGAUUCUUCCAAGAUCAUUGGGAUCUAGUGGGCUCUGAUGUGGUGCAGGCAGUACUUAACUUCUUCAGAACUAAUGAGAUGCCAACAGGUCUAAAUCAUACCCUCAUAGCUCUAAUUCCCAAGACAAGUGCCCCUAGAUCAGUAAAUGAAUACAGACCCAUCAGUUUGUGCAAUGUGUGGUACAAACUAAUUUCGAAAGUUUUGGAAAACAGGUUGAAAUCUGUGCUGCAAGAUGUCAUAUCUUGGAACCAGAGUGCAUUUCUACUAGGUAGGCUAAUCACUGACAACAUAAUGGUUGCUUAUGAGGUCCUGCACACUAUGCAAGCUAGGCAAAAAGGAAGAGAAGGCAGCAUGGCUAUCAAGUUGGAUAUGUCAAAGGCAUAUGAUAGAGUGGGGUGGGGUUUUCUACAAACAAUGCUAUCUAAGAUAGGUUUCAGUGACAAGUGGAGGAAGUUGAUUAUGGUAGUGAAUGCGACCCCUGGAGAUAUCUUUCGACCUACAAGAGGACUAAGAUCCAAGAUAGAGGAAUGGACAGUUUUAGUUCACUUGCUAAAAGUCUAUGAGGAAGCAUCUGGACAGACCUUGAACAGACAGAAAACUUCCAUUCUAUUCAGCUCAAAUACUAGGACCGAGGCAAAAGAGUGCAUUGUCCAACAUGCUGAAGGUGUAGUGUGUGGGAAUUACAACAAGUAUCUAGGAUUGCCCACCACGGUAGGAAAAUCCAAGUAUAACACAUUCAGAGGCCUGAAAGAAAAGAUAUGGAAAAGGAUUAAUAGCUGGAAGAAUUCUUUUCUGUCUUCUGCAGGAAAGGAAGUCAUGAUCAAAAGUGUCUUGCAAGCCAUACCAGCAUACACAAUGAGUGUAUUCAAGAUGCCGAGUAUGCUUCUCAAAGAAAUUGAAUCUAUGAUUGCCAAAUUCUGGUGGAAUCACAGAAAGGAAGGUAGGGACAUUCAUUGGAAGAGCUGGAACAAACUUGGAGCAGCAAAGGGCAAGGGGGGGCUAGGAUUUCGAGACCUUAACUGCUUUAAUAGAGCUCUCUUAGCCAAGCAAGGUUGGAGAAUUAUACAAGAACCUGCUUCAUUGGUGGCUCAAGUAUUCAAAGAAAAAUACUUCAAGUCAGGCAACCUGAUGGAGCCACGAGUAGGCUACUGUCCAUCUCAAAUAUGGAGGAGCUUAAUGUCAGUAAUGGAUCUGGUAAAGACAGGGUUAGUGUGGAGAGUUGGUAAUGGAAGGAGCAUUAGAGUAUGGAAAGACAAGUGGAUGCCAAUACCUUCUACAUUUCAGAUUCAAACACCAAACAAGAUACUGGACUGUAAUACAACUGUUAGUGAGCUUAUUGAUGGUGAAAACAAAACCUGGAAGCAAGAACUAGUGCAAGCAAUCUUCAGUCAAGAGGAAGCCAAGAGUAUUUGUAGUAUUUCUAUUAGUGUAAAAGGGAUGGGUGACAAAAUAAUAUGGGGACUGUCAAAGAAAGGGAUAUUUACAGUAAAGAGUGCUUAUUAUGCAGAUUUGGAGAUUAAGAAUCAAAAGACAGGAGAAACAUCCAGUAGAGAUCAAAGUGAAAGGCUGUGGGGGAGGCUGUGGAGAUUAACAAACUUAGGUAAGACAAGAAGAAACAGACAUCAUGUACUUUGGGAUUGCCCUACAGCAGUAGAUGUAUGGGGUGAGGAUUGCAGUCCAGUCAGAAAGUGGGGAAGAAACUAUGUUGAUUUCACGACACUGUGGUCUGAGUUUCAGUCUAAGUUAGAGGAAGGAAAGCUCCACAUAGUAGCUGAGGUGCUGUACGGCCUGUGGAGGAGAAGAAAUGAUAUGGUUUUUGAAGGAAAAUUCAAGGGGCCCUGUGCAUUGAUCCAGCAGGCAGUGCAAGAUGCAAAGGUAGUCACAUUGGCUCAAGAAAAACCAAGAGAGAAUCAGACUAGGCCAGUAGAGGUAAUAAGAACCGUGUGGAAACCCCCAAGCCAUGACUAUCUGAAGGUGAAUGUGAAUGCAGCAGUGGAUUCCAAGAGAGGAAAGGUGGGAAUUGGUGUUGUAGUGAGGGACUUUAGAGGAGAGGUGCAGUUGGAGGGUGAUGCAAAAAUGGUAGUGGAAGCAAUCAACUCCAGAUCAUACAACUCCUCAUGGGAUGGGCAGGUGAUAGAGGACAUCAAGGCUGUGGUGCAUGCCCAACCAGGGUGGUCUGUGGUUUUUGUAAGGAGAGAGGGCAACAGAGCAGCACAUGCAAAUGCCAAAUUAGCUCUCUCCUUAAGUACCGAGUGUGUGUGGAUAGAGGAGGUACCAUGUGAGGUCCUUCCAGCUAUUGUAUCGGACUUGCCUAGCUAUGUAUUGACAGUUUAA